AUGGGACCUGACCCACAACUUAAAUGGACUGUCAGCUGCAUGGUGCUUGUCCAAAUCCUUUGCUGUUACCUUGUUCGUGAUCUGUCCUGGAAGUGGUUAAUUUUUUGGUCCUAUGCUUUUGGUGGUGUGAUAAACCAUUCACUGACUCUUGCCAUUCAUGACAUUUCUCACAAUGUGGCAUUUGGAAACAAAUCAGCCCGUUGGAACCGUUUCUUUGGCAUGUUUGCUAAUCUUCCCAUUGCCAUGCCGUAUUCCACAUCCUUCAAAAAGUACCACAUUGAUCAUCACCGAUAUCUUGGAGGAGACAGCUUGGAUGUGGAUAUUCCCACUGAUUUUGAGGGAAAGUUUUUCUGUACUCCUGUACGCAAAAUAAUCUGGAUCAUUCUACAGCCGCUACUCUAUGUCCUACGACCUCUCUAUGUGAAUCCCAAACCCAUCACCCAUAUGGAGGUCAUUAAUGCCGUUGUGCAGUUUUCCUUUGACAUGGUGAUAUAUCAUUUGUGGGGGCUGAAGCCUGUUGUAUAUUUACUGGCGGGGUCCAUCCUGUCAAUGGGUCUGCACCCCAUAUCUGGGCAUUUUAUUGCAGAGCACUAUAUGUUUUUUAAAAGGCUAUGA